CUAUUAUUAUUUAAAAAUCGAAAACGCAAUUUAUUUUCCCGUUCCUGUUUACACACUGGAGCAAUGGUGUAUGGCCAAGCGACUAAUUUAGAAGAAAAUGACAAGAGCAUUAAGCAGUAUAAUUCAGCAGGACUCCUCCUCCCGGCCAUGCCUUCUAAUUAAUGGGGCUCCUUACUUGCAAAAGCCUGCAUUGGACUGCAACAUAGCCAAAGAGUGAAAGACGGAGGGCGAAAGUGCCACUGGAGAUAAUUGAUUACCUCCCAAUCAACAAUAACUUGUUAGUAGUAGUCAAUUCCGGCGACUCCUUGGGCUUCGACAUUUUCAAGGAAGUACCACUCUCUGUCGGAUUGCCACACGUCGUGGAGAUUAUUUCCAGAGGAACCCGGGAGUGGGAAAGUCGAAAUGCGGGACUUCAUAUAUAUUUAUCCAUCCCUGCGACAAAACUACCACAAAAAUGCUGUUUGAUUUAGUAUCUGUAAUCUAACGGCUUUUCGAGCACCGCCAAGCUAUUUUAUAAACAUAUUUUUUUUUUCGUGCUAGAUCAAGUAAUAUUUUUGUUAAUAUUUCUCAAAGUAAGUCAAACUUAACGGUGGCAAAUUAUGACAUCGAAGGAGGACGCGAAAUGCUCUGCCGUGGAAGAGAGAAGGCGAAGUCCCCUGGAUCAUCUUCCGCCGCCGGCGAAUUCCAACAAACCGCUCACGCCGUUCAGCAUCGAGGACAUUCUCAACAAACCGUCGGUUAAGCGAAGUUACACGAUUUGCGGGACGGCGCACCGGAUUUCCUCCGCGGAAAAGCACCCACUGCCGGGUCUCCCCUUGUCCAGUCGGCCUCUCCUCUCUCAGACGUCUCCCCUAUGCGCCCUCGAGGAGCUAGCCAGCAAAACGUUCAAAGGACUAGAAGUGAGUGUUCUUCAGGCGGCUGAAGGGAGGGACGGAAUGACAUUGUUUGGGCAACGGAACACCCCCAAAAAACGAAGGAAGUCAAGAACGGCGUUCACUAAUCAUCAGAUCUAUGAACUUGAAAAAAGAUUUCUAUACCAGAAAUACUUGUCUCCCGCUGACCGAGAUCAGAUUGCCCAGCAACUAGGGCUGACGAAUGCCCAGGUCAUCACAUGGUUUCAAAACCGCCGAGCCAAACUGAAGCGUGAUCUGGAAGAAAUGAAAGCCGACGUGGAAUCGGCCAAGGCGCUUGGUUCAGUACCGUUGGAGAAAAUGGCCAAACUGGCCGACCUCGAGAAAUGCGCCAACGGAACACUGGGACAUUCGAGGUCCGAGUCCCCGACGUUAUCCAGCCACGAGCAGGACAUCUCUAACAAACUGCGAUUGUCUCCGCUGUCCCCUUACACUGACAACACAACGAGUAAAGAAUGUUCGGAGGACGAAGACGAGGACGUGGAAAUUGAUGUCGACGACUGAUUGAUUAUUGUUUGAAUGACUGUUAUAAGGACAGCAGCAACAACCAUUAUUAUCAUCAUUAUUGCUGUUGUAGCUCUUGCAACGGUAGCUGUUGUUAAGUGAUACAAAUAUAUUGAAUUCGCGAUAACGUAUAAUAAACAAAAGUAUAUAACGGCAAGCAUGAACGGUAUAACGGUAUGCGACGACAGCUACGUCAAUCAUGUCAUCAGCAUUUAACCAAGGACGUGGUUUCCAGUAAAAGCAAUAAGAACAUUUUACAAAACGCGUGUCUAACAAAUGAUACUGGACUUCAACUCACAUGUGCGUGUUGUAGUUUAAGCUCUCUCUCGCGCGCUCUCUCUCUCUCUCGCUAGCUUACGCACGCACACACACACACACGGAGAAGAGAGCGACAAACACACUAGUGAGUACAGACAAGCACACACAAACACGCACGCACACACACGCAGAAAGAUUCAUACAAACACACUCAUUUGUUAGUAACCUCAUUUACUGUAGUAUUUUAUUACGUUCAUUACCCUUCCGCAUUUUUCGACUUUUGCAUGUUAUGAAAAUGCAUGUUUUGUUUUAUUAUAGCAUUUAUUUAUUUCAAUUUUUAGCUUCAAUUUAUGUCAUAUCGGCUAUUUACUUUUAAUCCACACUUGGUUUUCUCAUGCGUGUGUCCGUGUGUGUACAUAAGGUGUUUACCUAUAUAUACAUUUACACACCGUAUUCCUUAUUUAUACAGCAUUGCAUGAAAGGGAAAUAAAAUCACAACAAAAGGUUUGCGUUUGAUAGACGAAUGUAUAAUAAAAUUUCAGACAAAGGCAUCGACAAAAUAAAAUAAAAAAAAACGUCAACUGCAGUGAUAAAAAACUGUCUAUUUACUUUAGGUAGGAUUAGAUUCAUCUGUUUGAAUACAAUAAAGUAAUUUACAUUUUAAUAGACUUCCUAUGUUUUGUAUGCCUGUAAGUGCCUUUUGAAUACCAGGACACUAUUUAAAACCAAUGUAAUGUGUAUGUAUAUAAAAUGAAAAUAAACAUCGCUUUUCUCAA